AAAAAUGGCAUCACUGUUUACUCUGUUUGAUGAGUACUAAAUAAAUUUUAACACGAAUGUCAUUUGCGUUGGAAUUUCAAAGCAAAGUGGACCUGUUUUCGCGGUGUUGAUUUGAAAAACGCGUGGUAAAUUGUGCUGUAAAUGAGAUUCUAAAUUGGAUAUUUUUAAUUAGAAGUGAAAGGAGACAAUCAUGAUUGCAAAAGAUAUGGCACAAAUGAAAUCACUGGCGAUAAAACUAUUUGAGAUAAAUGCAUUCAAAUUUGGCGAUUUUAAAAUGAAAGUCGGUAUAAAUUCGCCAGUUUAUUUUGAUUUACGGGUCAUCGUUAGUUUUCCAGAAGUAAUGCAAACAGUCUCGGAUUUGUUGGUAUCAUAUAUCAAAGAGCAACAGCUGACAGCGAAGCAUGUGUGCGGUGUGCCGUACACAGCGCUGCCUUUGGCAACACUUGUCUCUGUUCAACAGAAUACGCCAAUGCUUGUGAGGCGCAAAGAAGCCAAAAACUAUGGUACAAAAAAAAUAAUUGAAGGAAUUUUUAAUGCUGGAGAUACGUGCCUAAUUGUUGAAGAUGUGGUUACAUCUGGCUCAAGUAUUCUAGAUACUGUUAACGAUCUUACACGUGAGGGCAUUGUCGUAACAGACGCUGUAGUUGUUGUUGAUCGGGAACAAGGCGGAGCUGCUAACAUUGCUAAACAUUCUGUGCGUAUGCACUCACUAUUCACGUUAUCGUUUUUACUGAACACUUUGCUUGAAGCUGGAAAAAUUGAACGAGACACCGUGGAUGCGGUAGCAAAAUAUAUAGCGGCAUGUCAGAUCAAUAGCGAUGGAACUUUUGCAAACGACAAGCCACAAGUUGUUUGA